UAACAUUUUAUAUUUUAACAGAAGGUCCAUCCCCAUCCUUUUCCCCGGUAGCGUUUCCCUCCUCACGCGCCACCACCGCCGCCACGUCAGCCGAACAACAACGGUUGCCACCACCGGAGUGAAGGUUUAAUCUGAGUCCUAUGGCGGGGGAAUUAGGGUUUCAAACCGAGACAUCUGUCGUUAAUCAACCAGAUAAAGUGACGGAGAUGUCAACGCCUGUUGAAAUUUGGGAAAAAAUUGAGCUAGCUGAAAGCUACCUAGUUUGCUCUAUGUUUGAAGAAGCAUCAUCGUCAGCUUCACGAGUUCUCAAUCGUUUACAUGACAAAGAUUGCUCUAAUGAGGUUGUAGCAGAUGAGCUGAAUGACAUGCUUGAGUCAGCCGGUAUGGUGCUCUUGCAGUCCCUUAAGGAACUUGGGAGGACAUUGGAGAUAGUAAAUGAGUUAACGCAGCUGUAUGGUUCACUUGCUGCUAUUCCGGUUCAAGUUUUCCUUGCUGGGGCUUGCUUUCAUAUGCAAGAAGACCCUCAUGGUGCCCAAAAAUUUCUUGAGGAAUUUUUAAGCAAGUGGGAAUAUGUGAACGAACAAUAUUAUGUUCGAGAAGGUGUUGAAACAGAUGAAUCUUACAUGAAUGAAUGUAACAAUCGAUCCGUGUUAGAUGUUGAUAUGUACCUUCAAGUUGUUGAGGCAUAUAUAACCCUUCUCACGGGUGUAUUAGGACGAACAAAUCAUGUCAUUUCUUGGGUUCAGAAAGCUUCAAUACCCGAGCAUAUAAGACAGGAACUUUUACGCCGUUUACAUUCCAUUAACUCUUCCAAGGACACGGGAUCUCAAGCAUCCACGUCAGCAUUGCGAAAAGACGAAAAUGAAACUUCUGUUUUUCUCAAAACAGAAGACAGGAAACAAGUUGAUAGGGACGAUGCUACAAAACAAGCGAUUUUAAGAUAUUCCGGUCAAAAUGCUUCUACUUUUUGGUGGUUCAGAAAAGUUAAUAUAAAGUUUGGUAGCGUCCGGUUUGCAGUUUCGAAUGGAAGUAUCUUGCUGACGGUUUUAGUGCUUCUCAUGUAUUAUUAUAUGCGGAGGAAGAAAUAUACAAUAACAAGUAUUCUCAAGGGACAAGCUCAGCUUGUGAAGAAAACCGCAAUUGAUUUAUGGCAACUUGCAUUCUCGUACCAAGUAAAUCCAUUAGCCGCUGUUGAGACACUCCAAACUCCAAAUCGCCGGUGAUGGUUUAAUGGAGUUAGCUCUGUUUCAGUUGGUCAAGGUUAGUCGACUUGAGUUAAUUAUGAUGUCAUGAUGUUGAUUAGAUGAUUAUAAUAAUCAUGCUUAGCUUUAAUCAUGAGAUCAUACAUGCAUAAAGAUUUGUACUUUUAAAAAAUGGUUUUUGAUUGUAGUAUAAAAAUUGUAUGUUCUCAUUGUUUAAAUAACCUUCUGGGUUCUCUUAUAUAUAUGGGUUUAUAUUAUUAUUUUUA